AAAAAAAAAAAAAAAAAAAAAAAAAGGAGAUGGAUGAGCGGACCUUUUAGCUUUUAUGGGGGGCUGCAUGUGCACACUGUGCUCCCACCUGGUUACGGCCCUGGCAUGUGGUACCUGAGAAGUUUUGGCGGUGAUUAAUUGUCGAAAUAUAACAAAAAAAGUAAAAUAUCAGAAAUUAGUUUGAACGGAUAAAAUCUUUUACAUGAUUAAAUUUUCUUAUCAAACAUUAAAUGAAUGAAAAAUGUUUGUUUCUUUUUGUUUGUUUGCUUUUCUUCUUUUUUACUUUUUUAUUCUGGGCGGCGCCGCCUUAAUUCCUGUGACCUCGCUGCGCCCCUGUGCAAAGUGAAUAGGGCUUGAAUCAGUGUCUUGGAAACCCAAGAUGUUUGUACUGGACCACAGUUCCAAGAAAUUAGCGCAACUAUAGUGAACAAUGAACAAUGAACAAUGAACAAUGAACAAUGUACAAUGUAAAUGCACAAUAUAGGCUAGACUUUCUAACAUCAAAUCAUAGCUGACUUAUAAACAAGACUAUAGCUAAACCUGUAUAUUAUUAAUGAGCGAGUCUAGAUAUCAAAAAGUGGUAUGCAUUCAACGAAGAAAGAGAACUAAUUAUGGUCCAUUUUGUCACGCUAUCGUGAUGUUUGGAUCAGUCUAGCGUGAUGAUGUUGUCACGUCAUCGAAGGACUCGGUCGUCUAGUAAGUCUCAGCUGCAUAUUAGACCAUCCAACGGUUUUGAGGUUCCAAGAAUCCAACAUACGAGCUACACAUUCCUGAUUGUUGACUGGCCCACAGCUCAACGAUGCACAGGGUUUCUCUUCAAGAAAAAGAUCUUUCUUGCCCUGUCUGUAUUAGCAUAUUCGAAGAACCUAAAGCUUUGCCUGAAUGCGCACAUAACGUGUGUCAGAAAUGCCUUAGCAAUAUUGCUGCAAUGAGCUCUAGAUGGCAGUUUGUCACGUGUCCAGUUUGCCGAGUUGACUCGUACUUACCUCCAGGGGGAGUGGCUGAUCUACCGACCAAUCACUUUAUGAAGACUAUCAUUGAUGGUUUACCAGGACGAAAAGAGAUACAAUCCAUAAAGAGGGCUUUGGAACAGUGCGAGGAAGGGUUAACGUCAAGCAAAUCACAUGUAGAUGAUUGUGAACGAUCGAUAGCUGCUUUCAAGGCUACUUUACAAAUUGCACAGCAAGCGAAAAAGGAGGUUUCUGAUCACACUAAAUACCUCAUUGAUAUCAUCCAAAAGGAAUGCACAAGUUUGACUACUGAAAUCGACGAGAAAAUUGAAAACACCUCCUCGCUGCUGUCUAACGUUCGCCGAGAGAAGAAGAAGACGUUAUAUACUGUGAAGGAAUCAGAGAAUAUUGUUUCUGAAACCAGACGACUCAUCGAACGAGGAAAUGUACAAGAAAUCGUUGGGAAGGAAGACGAAUCGGUCUCCAAGCUUCAGCAACGUACAGCAGUUUUAGCCGUCAAUCAAACCUUUAAGUUUCCAGACGUGCCUGAAAACAUCCACUUUACGAAAGCGAGUAAUGAAUUUCGUACAGGGAAAGGGAUUCUGGGGUCGCUCAGUAGAGAUUCGAUAAUGGAAGUUAAUGAGAAUAAUUCGGGAUCUGACCUAGAAUAUCUUCACGAUUGGAAUCCACGACAACCAAUGCCCCCGUGUUUCCGCAGAUCACAUUCAAUAAGAGGGGUCGUGAAUAAGUUUGAAUUAGCAAGGUUCACACUAUCAUCUCCGCGGCGUAGUAGUCCUCCAGUAACCUACCCGGCCGGGUCAGAUUACAUGUCUCUAGUACGUGGUCAAAGAUCUUCAUAUCCGUUCACUCCAUUGCCGCCGCUAACACUGCCUCGAACAUCUAGCCUACGAAAAUUCACGGGUUGAUAAAAAACAACAUGUCAUCAGUUAUUCCAUGGUUGAGGAAAUAACUGGGUAGAGUUGGCAUUUCGAAGUGCAAUGUCGGACUGUUUUAUUGAACAUAUUUCCAAGAUGGCGUCCCAUAAAACAAUCCCACAAUGCACUGCAAUGUCAACUCGUUCCAGUUUUUCCUCGCCCUCGUAAUAACGAAUAAUAUGCUUGGUGAAAAACCAGGAAUAUGUCUUUCCGAUAAGAUGCAGUCGAACGCACGUCAUUAGAUUAUUUGUGAAGCACACAUGAUUUUUUAUGCUCAUUAGAAUAAUAGAAUUUAUUAAAAUCGUGGUUUGUCCCUUUUAAAAAAUAUACAAGUAUGGCCUCUAAGACUCGAUUGGUGAAGAAUAUCUUGAAGCAGUGGAGACUCUUGUUAGUAGCUAGAUAAAAGUGGUACACUUACCCUGAUUAUGAUGACUGUGAUGCCGAAUUGAAAUGCUCUAGUGACUGUUUCACUAGUAGAAGACAGAGCGGAAAAACCGGACGCAUGCGCAUUAGAGACUAUUUUCAUGAGCAAUCCAAUAUGGUGGACGAARGGCGAUAAAAAUCUGUCUCUAAUAAUAAUAAUAAUAAACUUUAUUACUGUGUCA